GAAUAUCGAUAAAUGUUAAUUAAUAAUAAUUAUUAAAUAAAUGAUAAUCAAACGUUGAGCAGUACAGUACGUCUUUUUAUUAAAUUGUGAUCAAGAUUAUCAUAAUGUUAUAUACCCAACUUGGAUAAUUAUGAUGCUUUGUUACAUAUUUAUAAAUGUAACAAUAUUUGAAUGAAGUGUAUAAAUUUAAUUUUCGCAAUACAAUGGUGUAAAUAUUUUUAUAACUAAAAAUUGUGCGUAGGCAAUAUGAAUACAUUUUUAAUUAUUAAAUUUGUACUAGUCACUUCAUUCACCUUAGUUUUAUGUUUUUCCGAUGUUGGAAAAUGGGAUUUGGAUUUAAACGGGGAAAGCUGUAAUUUCACAUUGGCUAAGUCUUUAUUUAAGGAGUCCAAGUUGAUAAUAGUAUUGCAUUGUGAGGAACCAGCAAAUCUCACAGUAGCAUAUGCAUGGAGACCAACAUUAUGCUCACCAGAUUAUUUCCAUUUUUUUGAAAAGAGAAUAGUAGAUUGUUCUGACACAGUGGAGAAGACCACAUUUAGUAAUCACAGUACUGCUCAAGUUAUAACUGUGGUACAAAGUGUAAUCUGUGAUGGCAAGAAUCCUAUAUUUUUUUACAAUGACAAGGAUAAAGGCUUAGAGAGUAACAGUAGUAUAAAAUCGUUAACUCCAUCACUGCUAACUGUCACCAGAGAAGGUAUAUAUGCCCUGUCUAUGUCAUUCAUAAGCAAUGCCAAGUAUAAAGCCACAGUUCACGUGGAGAUGGUUGCCCCAUCUGGCUACCUCUCAGCUUCAAUAUGGCCUUUAUUACCAUUUUUCGGUAUAAUGUGCGGUGUGUAUGCUGUGAUCAGUGCGUGUUGGCUGACAGUGUGUGCCCUGCAAUGGCGGGACCUGCUCCGCAUUCAAUACUGGAUUGGUGGUGUCGCGCUAUUGGGCAUGGUUGAGAGCGCCACCUACUAUGGCGUCUAUUCCUCCAUCAACAACUCGGGAUACUUCAACAGCGAGGCAUACAUGUUCGCGGAGUGGCUGUCCGUAGCGAAGCGAGCACUCGCCCGAAUGCUCGUUAUCAUUGUGUCGCUCGGCUUCGGUAUUGUCAAGCCCCGGUUGGGCCCGGCGCUACAGCGCGUGGUGGGCACGGGCGCCUUAUGGGGGCUCUUGGCUGCCAUAGAAGCGUGGCUGCGGCUGCACCACAAGGCCGAGGACUCCAACCGCGACCUGCUGCUGUCGGAGGCGCCGCUCUCGCUGCUCGACAGCGCCAUUUGCUGGUGGGUGUUCGUGUCGCUGGCGCACACCAUGAGGACUUUGCAGUUGAGAAGGAACACCAUAAAGCUGACGCUGUACAAGCACUUCACCAACACGCUAAUCUUCGCCGUGGUCGCGUCCGUCAUAUUCAUGCUGUACUCGCUCAAGUCCUACCGAAUUAUGUAUUGUAUCACUGAGUGGAAGGAGGUAUGGAUGGACGAGGCGUACUGGCACAUCCUGUUCGCGGGCGUGCUGUCUGUCAUCAUGGUGUUAUGGCGACCCACGAACAACAACCAGCGAUACGCCUUCACGCCGCUGCUUGAUAACGCCGAAGAUGAUGAUGAGGAAGAGGAACAGUUCGUAAAUGACGCAUAUGGAGUCAAAAUGCGAGGCACAAACGUCGGGGAGACCCCAGAAGUGAGAGAUCCACCCGAACCGAACACCACCUCAUUCGACUCAGAUCUCCGGUGGGUUGAGGAAAAUAUACCAACGAGCACACUACCGUUACUCGAUUCAGACGAAGAAAUCGUAAACACUAAGUUUGAAGUAUCUAAGAUGCAAUAGUAUUAUAAUGUAAAUUAAAUAACUAACAAAUU